CAGCUGCCUUGGUUGCACUCUGGUAGGAGGCAUAAUGGAGAGAAGUGUGGUGCAAAUCACUCUCUUUGGACUGCUGCUGUCUUUGGCCUCCACACUGCCAAACAAGGAUGACUGGGACAUCUACAGCUUUCACAUCAACUCCACAGUGACCAGUCGUUAUGCCACCACUGUCAUCACAAGCCGUGUGGCCAAUCGUAUGGACGAGUCAAAGGAAAUUGAAUUUCAUGUUCGGAUUCCCAAGAAUGCCUUCAUCAGUAAAUUUCGAAUGUUUAUCGAUGGCCAAGUUUAUGAUGGUGUUGUGAAAGCUAAGGAGCAAGCUCAGCAACAGUACUCUGAAGCUGUGUCCCGUGGUGAAAGUGCUGGACUUGUCAGUUCUGUAGGGAGGACUCUGGAGGAAUUUAAGACCUCUGUAACUGUGGCUGCUCACAAAAAGGUCACAUUUGAACUCACAUAUGAGGAAUUAAUGAAACGAACACGUGGCAAGUACGAGCUGCAAAUUCAUGCUCGACCCAUGCAGCCUGUCAGUGACUUCAAGGUGGAUGUGCACAUUCAAGAGGAAGCUGGCAUCAGUUUCAUCGAUGUGAAAGGAGGCCUGAGCACCAAAGCCCUCGCUAAUGCCAUCACUAAAACACACACAGAUAAAGAGGCGUGGGUGUAUUUCUAUCCAACAGUUGACCAACAGAAGAUGUGUGACAGCUGUAGCGAUCAGGGUAUGAAUGGAGAUCUAGUUAUUGUUUAUGAUGUCAACAGGGACAAUGGACUAGGACACAUCAAGAAAUCUGAUGGAUACUUUGUUCAUCACUUUGCUCCAUCUGAUCUUCCUCGAGUGCCAAAAAAUGUCGUCUUUGUUAUUGAUCAGAGUGGCUCAAUGCGUGGCAGAAAAAUACUCCAGACUAGGACCGCAUUAAUCCACAUUUUGAAUGAUCUGGCAGAAGAUGAUCACUUUGGUCUGAUCACUUUUGAUGGCAACAUUUUGCACUGGAAGCGAGAACUCGUUCAGGCCAACAGCAAAAACGUGGAAAGCGCCAAAAACUUUGCAAGCAAUAUACAAGCUACAGGAUCCACAGAUAUAAAUGAAGCAGUGUUGCAAGGAGCACGUAUGCUGAAUGAUCAUAGCAGAGAAGGUUCAGCAUCUAUUCUGAUACUUCUUACAGAUGGAGACCCAACCUCAGGGGUGACAAACCUGGAGAAUAUUCAGUCAAAUGUAAGACAGGCUAUUGCAGGCAAAUUCCCACUGUACUGUCUUGGUUUUGGUUUUGAUGUUGAUUUUAAGUUCCUUGAGAAAAUGUCGCUGCAAAAUAAUGGUGUGGCACGGCGGAUAUAUGAAGACUCUGAUGCUGAUUUACAGCUGAAGGGUUUCUAUGAAGAGGUGGCCACACCUCUAUUAACAGAUGUGACAAUGAUCUAUGUGGGUGGGACCAAUCUAACCCAGACUAAGUUCAGCCAGUAUUAUAAUGGUUCUGAGAUUGUGGUGGCCGGUGAGAUCACAGAUAACAAUAUUGAAACCUUCACCCCUCAAGUUGUGGCCAUUUCGAGUAAUAGAAGAAUAAUAUUCUCUAAUCCAAAUGAAACCGUGGAAUCCACUGGAACAGUGUCUGAUGACCGUAUCCAGAGGGUUUGGGCGUACCUCACAGUUAAACAGCUACUAGACAAAGAUUUUGCCCAGACUAGGACCGCAUUAAUCCACAUUUUGAAUGAUCUGGCAGAAGAUGAUCACUUUGGUCUGAUCACUUUUGAUGGCAACAUUUUGCACUGGAAGCGAGAACUCGUUCAGGCCAACAGCAAAAACGUGGAAAGCGCCAAAAACUUUGCAAGCAAUAUACAAGCUACAGGAUCCACAGAUAUAAAUGAAGCAGUGUUGCAAGGAGCACGUAUGCUGAAUGAUCAUAGCAGAGAAGGUUCAGCAUCUAUUCUGAUACUUCUUACAGAUGGAGACCCAACCUCAGGGGUGACAAACCUGGAGAAUAUUCAGUCAAAUGUAAGACAGGCUAUUGCAGGCAAAUUCCCACUGUACUGUCUUGGUUUUGGUUUUGAUGUUGAUUUUAAGUUCCUUGAGAAAAUGUCGCUGCAAAAUAAUGGUGUGGCACGGCGGAUAUAUGAAGACUCUGAUGCUGAUUUACAGCUGAAGGGUUUCUAUGAAGAGGUGGCCACACCUCUAUUAACAGAUGUGACAAUGAUCUAUGUGGGUGGGACCAAUCUAACCCAGACUAAGUUCAGCCAGUAUUAUAAUGGUUCUGAGAUUGUGGUGGCCGGUGAGAUCACAGAUAACAAUAUUGAAACCUUCACCCCUCAAGUUGUGGCCAUUUCGAGUAAUAGAAGAAUAAUAUUCUCUAAUCCAAAUGAAACCGUGGAAUCCACUGGAACAGUGUCUGAUGACCGUAUCCAGAGGGUUUGGGCGUACCUCACAGUUAAACAGCUACUAGACAAAGAGCUUCAGUUAUCGGGACCGGAGAAAGAGAAAGUAAAGAAGGAGGCUUUGGAGCUGUCACUGAAAUACAGUUUUGUGACUCCUCUCACAUCUAUGGUGGUCACAAAGCCUCCAGGAGAGAACACAGAUGUGCUUCAUAAACCAAAGGAAGGUGAAACACCACAGAGACAGCAGCCCCCUCUAGUUCUAUUACCUUCAAGACUACAUUUGCUUUCUAGUAGUCGCCCGGGUGGCCGUUCACCUGUCACAGAUGUGAUGGACAAACAAUCCACUGGAGGCUAUGGAGGAUACAGUUCGUCAGGAAUCUCAAACACACGUACUCGUGGCAUACAAGGAAAAGUAAAAAAUCUUGGCCGUCAAGUCGUGCAAAUGGUCCCCCACAGAAGGGAAAAAGGACUCUCUGGUCGAGUCAUGCAACAGCACACCCCCAGAGGAGAGAGAGUCUUGCAACAGCAUACCCCCAGAGGAGAGAGAGGAGACCUUGCACCAGUUCCUGUACUCCACAGGUUUUUGCUAAAAGCUGAGAAUCAGACUGUUCCACUAUGCUUUGAUGUCAGUGGACCUGUCCGCCUUAAACUUCUUCACUAUCCCAGCAGGGAACUGUCUGUAAAUGGUGAGCUUGAUUCAGUUACAAAUGGAGGCUUCAGCAGAAUUUUCAUACACAUCAAUGACAGCCAACAUGUUGAGAUCGACACCAACCGGGUCACUGUACGAGAUGGACAGACAGUAACAAAUUACACUGGACAGGAUCGCAUUACAGCUGGAAGUGUGACAGUGAUUGUGCGCAACAACGAAAUAGACGUUGCCACUGGAGACAUGCGAAUGGUCAUCAUAGUUCAUGAGAACAAAGGUCCAAAAUUCCUUUGGCCAGCUUUAAGACAGCGUCCCUCGGACAACAAUGCUGAAGGACUUUUAGCUGUAGAGGCUGCAGUUUAUGAGGAGGUACAGCAAGCUCCUGUCAGAAAACUAAAGAUUAAAAACCAGGAGGCAGACGUUACUGGGGAGAUGGUUGUUGACUACAGCUUUGCUUCUCCUGUCACAAUGAACUGUUGGCUCAUGUCUGCGGACUCUGCCCUGCAGAGACCACUGUCCCAGUUUGUCAUUACACAGCUUUAACUGGCAAAUAUGUUGAUUUAUUUGAAAAAAAUCUUUCAUUUAAAAGGAAAACAAGGCAAAAACAUAUAUUGUGGAAACUUUCUUUCCAUCUGUUUCCAACAUGUAGAAAUAUAACUGUGAUUGUGCUGGAUCUAGUGUCAGACAGCAUUACCAAUUAAAAAUAACAAACAAACAAACAAAUAAAUAAAUAAAUAAGGAUUUAUGAUUACCACCAUCUGGCAUUAACAUAGCGUCCAAAAUGACACAAAUGCAGUUGAGAUGACAAUAAUAGGCAUACUUCUACACCUUUCUUUUUUUUAAUUAAUUGAAAAAUGUAAAUUUUAUAAGUUUAAAUUACAGUAAUUAUAUUGUUAUAGCUAAAUGUUAAUCAGCUUUGCUGGCUGAUCUGGAAGAGAGUUGGAUUAUAGAAAGUUUGCUUAUAAAUAACAAUUUCAAAUAUUUCUGCAUUCUGGUUAAGUACCCCAACAUUUAGAGAGAAAACAUUUCUUCUGUUUUGUCUUUUGCCUCAAACUGCAAAUGACAUGUAAUGAGGCUGACUUGAUUUAAGGAUCUCUGACAAAUAUAAUGCUGUUAUUUUUCUUGCAUAAUUUCAUGACUUCCUCAGAACAGUUUAUGGAAUGGAUAUCAAGCGAAUGAAUAAAGAAUCCAAACUAUUCCCUAA